AUGAGCACUAAUACUACUACUAAUAAUAAUAAUACUAAUAAUAUUAAUAAUAAUUUACCUAAAAGACAAAACAAUAUAGCUAAUAUCAUCAAUGCUAAUGAUAAUGGCAUAAAUUCUCCAGAUAAUAAAAAACAAAAAAUAGGACUAUCUAAAAAUGGCACAAUACAAACAACAUCAGCUUCUUCAUCGCCGUCAUUAUCACAAACAACAAUUAAAACCACCUCAAUAUUAGAAAGAAAUCUGUCUAACGCUAUAAAUGCAGCUAAUUUAAAAUACAAGCAAUCAGUAACGUCUAACCCUAUAGGUUUGAACCAUAGACCAGUAACCUCAUGUAGCCAUUGUAGACAGCAUAAAAUUAAAUGUGAUGCAAAUCAAAAAUAUCCUGAACCUUGCACAAGGUGUAAGAAGUUUGAUUUAUUCUGUGAAAUUAACCCAAAGUUCACUCCCAAAAAAGGUUCACAAUUACAAACUAUGAGAAAAGAUAUAGAUGAACUGAAACUGAAAGUUAAACAUUUACUGGCUAAUGAAAGUCUGCUUAUCAACAUUUUAAAAGAAUCUAACAUUAACUUUAAUAAUAACAAUAGUAAUAAUAAUAAUAAUAAUAAUAAUAAUUCCAUAAAUAAUAUGGCGUUGAAAAAAUGGGACGAUAUUGAUGAAACUUUAAUAAAUACCUCAAAUAGUAAUAAUAAUGAGCAAAAUAAAAACAUAGAAAUGACCAAUAUAGUGCAACAACCGAUAAGUUCCGAUCAAUUGCACUCUAAUAACUCAUUAUUUGAUAAUAAUGUUGACCAAACAUCUAGAAGCCGUACGCAGUCGCCAAUUGAUAAAUUACUUUUAAAGAAUAAUGGCAUGACCAACUUGCAAAAUGUGCCGCUACCUGCAUCAACUCAAUUACAACUAUCAAAACAAUCAUCAACAAUGGCAAUUAUUGAUACAUCUCCCGCUACCAAUGUUAGUGCGUCCAUGGGUGUUUCAAAAACAACAGUUCAUUCAUCCAGUACAUCACAAAAUAAUAUAGAACUUUCCAGUAAAACUAUUGAAACCACUACUAUAUCAUCUUUGGAACCCCCAUUUGUUGGUGAGACUGGAAAUAUUAAAGAAUUUAUUCUUGGAGAUGUUCACAUUUCAGUUGAAAAGGCAUCUCAGCUACAUAAAAUGUUUAUUGAUGAAUAUCUACCAUAUUUAUCAAUAAUGUUCUCAACCUCAGUGGUUGAACUAUAUUCUCAAUCAAAACUUUUGUUUUGGACAGUGAUUUUAACGGCCUGUUUAUCUGAUCCAAGCCCCGCUUUGUAUAUAAAAUUGAGUCCUUUGGUUAAACAAUUAGCUAUUGAACUAUGUUGUUUAUGCACACCAAGGUCGACUCAUCUCUCACAAGCAUUGACCAUCUUAGCAAUUUGGCCCCUGCCAAAUCAAAAAGUUUUAGAUGAUUGUUCAUAUCGUUUUAUUAAUCUUGCUAAAUCUUUAUCUUACCAGUUGGGUUUACAUAGAGGUGAAUUCAUAUAUGAAUUUACAAGAAAUCAAAAGCUGAUGCCAAAUGCUAAGAAAUGGAGAACUAGGACAUGGUUAGGAAUUUUUUUUACUGAAAUUUGUUGGUCCACAAUAUUAGGUUUGCCACCAACUUCACAGAUUGAUUAUUUGGUGGAAACAGCUAAACAUUCGGAGGAAAUGGAUAAGCAGGAAGUAAUAAACGAUAUAAUGAAUAAAAUUGAUGAUGAUUACGAUAAUAGCAAACCGUAUACAUUUAAGUUACCAAGUCGUUUCAAAAAAUUAAUUUAUUUGGCAAGUUUUCAAAUGAAAUUAUGUAAUGUUAUGGGAUCUAGUAUUGAGAGUUCGCAUGGUCUAAUAGAUCCCAAAGAGCGUUCCGGAGCUUUAAUGGUAUUAGAAAAAGAAUUAAAUGAUUCAAAUAAGGAUCUAGAUUUUGAGAGUGAUAUUGUAGUCCACAUCUACUACCUUUAUGUGAUUUUAAAUAUAUGUUGUUUUGCGUUUUUACCUCAGACACCAAUCAAGGAUCAAUCUCAAUAUAUUACAAAAGCAUAUUUCUGUGCUACAAAAUGUAUUACAUUAGUAAGUAAAUUAGUGGAAAAGAAACCAUUAAUAACAUUACCAAUUUAUGUGAGACAAAGUAUAACAUUUUCUGGGUUAAUGUUAUUUAAAUUACAAUUAAAUUCCCUGAUUAUUAAUAGAUAUUUGAAUUCUGCAAGACAAUCCAUUGUGACAGUACAUAGAUUAUUUAGAAAUCAAUCGUCGGCUUGGUCUCAUGUUGAAAAUGAUAUUACAAGAACAGCUACAAUGUUAGAAAAGGCUAAUAUGAUUCUUAUUACACACCCAGAAGUUUUCACUGAAGGUGUUGGUAUCAUUUCGAGAAUAAGGUCACAUUUGACUGGAUCAUUAUUUUAUGAUUUUGUAUGGUGUGUUCAUGAAGCUCGAAGAAGACAAAUGGAUCCAAACUGUAAUACAAACAAGAGGGAAGAUGAGAGAUAUUACGAAAAAAGGUUAUAUCCAUUACCAUUAUAUAAUCAUAUUCAAAAAGAAGAUUUUCAGACAGUUACGGAAACAACACCAAAUGGUACCACAGUUACUACAUUGGUUCCUACAAGUAAUGCCUUAAAAAUUGCGGAACAAACAGCACGGGGUAAAAAUGGUAAAGAGCAUGGUAUGAUGACAAUUAACGGUAUACCACUCUCAAUGUUGGAUGAAACUGGUAGUGUUAAGAACUAUCAUUCUUUAUUUCAGGGUACUGGGUUUGAUUGGUCCUAUUCAUCUUGGAGUAGCCCCAGUGGAACUGUGACACCUUAUACUACUACGGCAUCAGUAAACAGUGAAAAUAUAAAUGAAAAUGAUAUGAAAAUAACUGAAGAGGUACAACCAUCUAUACAAUAUAAUAGAUCUGUCUCUUCUAUGAAACAAUCAUUGAAUCAAACAAAGAUUUCUCAAUCCUUAUUUCAUACUAAAAAACAUAUCCCAUCAUCAUUUGAUAAAUAUACUCAAACCCCCUAUCUCAAUAACACAAAUACGAGUACAAAUAUAAAUACAUCCAUGUCUGAAAAUAUAACUCUGUUUAACAAUAACAGUAAUAAGGUUGAGGAGCAAGUUGUUGCAGAACGGUCUAAUAAUAUAAAUAAAGACGGUCAUAAUACGAUGGAAUCCAAUCUAGAAGAUGAUUCUAAUAGAAAUGUUAAUUAUAUAAACAAGAUUAAUGAUAGUAAUAAUAAUAAGAGAAAGGGGAAAGAGAAGCAAUUGAAUAGUGAUGAAGCAUUAGAAGCAACAUAUCUAAAUGAUUUCUUUCAACAACAGAGUCUUGGUUGGACAGAAGGUGAUCUGAAUACAGAUGAUCUAUUCGGUUGGUAUGAUAAUGUUAAUAAUGUGGAACCUGAAUUUUGA